AUGGCUGCGGGCUCUAGCAACGCCCCAGCGCGAUACAGCUCAUCGCCUGAGUUGUCAGACCCGCCCUCUAUGUUAUCGGCACCUGCAUCGCCAUCGGGGUAUAAUAGAGCAAAGAAUGGAGGUGAACAGGAUGAGAUUGUGGUCGAUCCCACCACGAUCCGAUAUGAUGGAUCCGGCCAGCCUAUGUUAACUAAGGACGGCUUACCAAGGAGGAAGCCUGGCCCGAAGCCGGGAACGAGAAUCAACAAGCGGAGUAGUACGAAUCCCGAGGAGGGAGAGAAGAUCAAGCGGGUCCGGAAACAGAAAGAGAAAGAUCCAAAUGCACCAACCACGUCAAGGAGACGCAAGGUUACAUCUCUGGAUGGCGAGGCGAGUGAAUCACGAUCACGGGCUACUAGUGUCGCCGGAGGUACAAAUACCGGAGCUACCGCCCCUUCGCGACAACCUAAGAUCACUGAGAUGGUCACCGGUCAAAAUCAGAACCGAUUAGAGCCGACUCCUCAGAGGGAAGUGAAACGUGAAAACAUACUUGGAUCCAUGUCCAAUAUCCUAAACGCAGACCCUGAACCACCGCAACAAUAUUCUCGUCAACAAUCGCAACAAGCUCAGCAGCAACCAACACGCCCAAGCGUGCCUUCACGGACUAGUGGUACAAAUUACGACCCCAUCCGCUCAUCGAACUACGACCCGGUACGAGGAACGAUGAGUUAUUCUAACCCGAUGGGAUCUCCUCGUGGACCGUCUACUGGCGCAGGUAUCGUCAACCGCGCAAGCGCAUCUCCAUCUAUCGCGAGUCUUGUCGACCCGCCUGUGCCCAAUAUCAUUUCGCCAGUUCCGUCGCACACAUCUUUCACAAAGACUGCACAAUCGCAUUCUCAAUCCCAACCUGGCCCUCAUAAGGAGUCGAGCGCAAUGCCUGAAUCGCCUAAUCCUUUCCGCAAAGAAUUCAUUCCCCCUCCGGCACCAAAACCUCCUGUGGCUGAGGCCAAGGAACCGAAGGAGGCUAAGGAGACUAAGAAGCCGGUGCCACCUCUGGCCCCUACUGCUAUGUCCAAGAUCGAAAUUCGGCCGACGUCCAUUACUACUAUUGGUGGGGCCGGUUCGAAGAAACCGUCGCCGAAGAAUCAGAGCACGGCAUCUUCUCCUCGUGUGAAUGCUCUGAAGGAUACCCUUGCCCCUCUUCCUGCUGGACCCGAGCGCUCUAUCCUUGACUUCGGCAAAGCGGAGCCGGGAUCCGAGACGGAUGCGCCAUCCAUCAUCCUCAACGUUCCGCUCAAUGGAGAGACGAACAAGUAUAUAAAUUUUAUGCGUAUGGCCGAGGAUCAGUAUGGUUGGGACGCCCUUCACCCGCGGCAAGCCGAGCUCAAAGCGCGCAAGGCCCGUAUUGCUGCGGCGUCCGCUGCGUUGGCUCAGAACGAUUCCAGCCGUGAAGGAGACGAGAUGUCGGUGGAUGAAUCUGAUAAUGAAGAUUCCAAUGUCGAGAUGGGAGGUACCAGCGGACCUGACAAGGCCGCCGAUGGCAAACCGGCAAAGAAGAAGAGACACUUCAAAGAGGACGAGUACGACAAAGACGACGACUUCGUCGAUGAUUCUGAACUGCUCUGGGAAGAACAAGCGGCGGCCAGUAGGGAUGGCUUCUUCGUCUACUCCGGGCCCUUGGUGCCGGAGGUUGAGAAGCCGGAAACUGGACGUGGUGACGUACCCAAGAGAGGUCGAGGCUCGCGCGGUGGUCGUGGCGGUACCCGCGGAGCUGCUAGCGGCACGGGACGAGGCCGUGGUGGUGGCCCUGGAUCUCGUGGAGGAGUGGUACGAAAACCCCGAAUGACGAAGGCAGACAAGGCUCAGAUGGACCGCGAGAAGGCCGAACGCGAGGCCACGCUAUUAAAAUCGGCGACCGGCGGAUCAUACAACGUCCUACACCCAGGCAGCCCGCAAUUCGCGGGCUUACCUACUAUUGAGUCCAUAUAUCCCGCUAAAAUGGCCUCAUUACACCCCCUUUCCGCAGCUGCCUUGUUCUCACUCAAGGGCUACGUCGCCGUCGGUUAG